AUGGUGGUUGGAGAGGAGCAAGGGGGCGGCAAGGGGGCCGCGCAUGUGGAGAGCAUGCGGAAGCUGAAUACUCCCGCGCCGCCACGCAGUAGCUGCCUCAACUCGCCCUCCCUGCGCGCCCCUGCUGCCACCCCCUGCACCCCUGCUUGCACUCCCUCGCCCGCUCCCACGUGGGCAGCAGCACGAGCAUGCGCGUGCAGGCGAAAGCGCAGAGUGGGCGAGAGAAGCAGAGGCAUGCAUGCAGGCAAGGGCGGCGGGUGUGUGGCGAGGGAGAGGCGGAGGGUGAGAGCGCGUGUGGCGGGUGGAGUUGAGGGAGUGGCGGGCGUUGGAGUGGGUGAGGGAGGUGGCGGUGGUGGGCAGGAAGCAGGGUGGGCGCAGCGCAGCAGCACGUGGUGCCCCAAGCCUUGGUCCACGGCCACGCGCCCCAGCUGUCACGCGCGCCACUGCCACACGCCUCACGCGCAUCACGUGCCACGCUGUCACGCCCACGGGCAAGAGGGAUUGUUCCCGCGCCAAGGCCACCGCAUGUCGCACUGUGAAGCGCCAAGGCACUCUCAACCGCACAGCACUAGCAGCGCUUUCCUGUUGCACUUGCCUCAUGCCUUGCGCCAUGUCAUGCACUCACCGCACGCACCACACUCGCACCACUCUCCCCACUCACUCUCCCCACUCACUCUCACCACUCACUCUCACCACUCACUCUCCCCACUCACUCUCCCCACUCACUCUCACCUCUCACUCUCACCACUCACUCUCACCACUCACUCUCCCCACUCACUCUCACCACUCACUCUCCCCACUCACUCUCACCACUCACUCUCCCCACUCACUCUCACCACUCACUCUCCCCACUCACUCUCCCCACUCACUCUCACCACUCACUCUCACCACUCACUCUCACCACUCACUCUCCCCACUCACUCUCACCACUCACUCUCACCUCUCACUCCCGAGCGCGAGACUGAGUUGACGCUUUUAAGCGGAGUUGGGCGUGGGACGUGGUGUGUGUGGGAGAGGCUUACGGGAAAGCGGAGUGGGGCGGUGAUGAGUGGUGCGGUGGUGGCGCGGAUGGCGAGUGAAGCGCGCUGCCCACACGCCCACCAGCCCUAA